CGCGCCCCCAGUACACAACUACACCAGCACCCCGCCUUUCCCACCAAAUUCCCACCACUUCUCCUCUUCAUACACACUAUCGACAUGGCGAUGGACACAGACACAAUACCGAACCUCCUCGGCGAUGCGCGGGACCAGGCGCCGGAGGAGCUGCAAGAGUACUUCAUCGCCUUCGAAGACUACUGGGAGAGGAAGCUGUGGCACGAGUUGACCGACAAGCUCAUCGAGUUCUUCGAGCACCCAGAGAGCGCUAAGCAGCGGAUACCUUUCUUCGAGACGUUUAUCAAGAGCUUCGCCAACAAGAUCAACCAGCUCAAGCUGGUCACACUGGGCCUGAGUGCCGCAUCACAGUUCAAGGACGAUAAGGAGCGCCUCAAGUUCGUCAACGACCUCGCCGAGAGCGUCAACAAGCCUGCCUCACAGGACGCCUACGUCUACGCCACAGUCGCCGCCGCCAGCAUCCAGCUGAGGUUACGGGACGAGGAGGGCGCCAAGAAGCAGCUGGACGAGUGCGAGCAGAUCCUCGACAACUUCGACUCGGUGGAGACAGUAGUACACGCCAACUUCUACAAAGUCAGCGCCGAGUACUACAAGUCGAAGCACGAGUUCGCCGCAUACUACAAGAACGCCCUGCUGUUCCUCGCCUGCGUCGACAUCACCGACCUCGAGCUCCGCGACCGCCAGUCGCGUGCCUACGACCUCAGCAUCGCCGCCCUCGUCUCAGAUUCCAUCUACAACUUUGGCGAGCUUCUCCUCCACCCCAUACUCGACUCGCUCGUCAACACACCGCACUCGUGGCUGCGAGAUCUUCUCUUCGCUUUCAACCGUGGCGAUCUCAGCGCAUACGAUGUCCUCUCCGGCAACAUCUCGAAGGUGCCUCUGCUCAAGGACCAUCAGACGUUCCUCUACCAGAAAAUCUCCCUUGCAGCACUCACCGAGACCAUCUUCCGCCGACCACCGCACGACCGCGCCAUGACCUUUUCGGAGAUCUCGCAGGAGACCAAGGUACAGCCCAAGGAGAUUGAGCACCUGAUUAUGAAGGCGCUGAGUCUGGGGCUGGUGAAGGGACAGAUCGACCAGGUUGCCGAGAUCGCGCGUAUCAACUGGGUGCAGCCCAAGGUGUUGGACAUGAAGCAGAUCGAGAGCAUGAGGGCGCGAUUGAAGGAGUGGGAUGCCAGCGUGAACCAGCUGGGCAACUGGAUCGAGGGUGUUGGCAAGGACGUCUGGGCCGCUUGAGCGAGACAAGGGGUUCACGAAGCUAGACGGUUUGUUGGUCAACAGCGGCGAGGCUGUCUCCGCCCCACAGGAUGGGCGGCGUGCAGAAGCUGUAAGAAACGCAGCCCACGCGCCAUGAUCGUAGAGAAUGCCUGCACAGCCACAUGGAGGCGAUGAAUGAAACAUGAUCGUAGAUAACGCCUGCACGGCCAAAUGGAAACCGAUGAAUGAAAGAAUCACGACAUGCA